GCUGCUGCUGUUGUACUAUUUCACUAUCGAGCGAUCCCGCGCUCCGUUCGGUAUUUCAGUGCGAGUCAUCUACACGGCCCUAUUUUCAAUAACGUUUAAUUCGGUUUUUUAGUUACUAAUCGUCCAUCCGUCCGUCUCAAACCAUCCAUCGAUACUCGCACGUUAUAUCGUAGACAUACACACCGUAUUCACAUAUUUUAUAUUUUAUUAUAUAUCAGGUAUUAUAAACCUAGGUACAUAAAAAUGGGUUGUGUAUCCAGCAAGAGGAAAGCUGGUUCAACCGAAUCUACUUCGACUAUGUUCAAAGUUACUAACAUCGAUUACAGCGGUAACGAAAUAAAUCAUGGUCAGAUUGAAAUCACUGAUAGCGAUUUGGUAAUGCAUUAUGCAAGUGAAAAAUCAACUAUUUCAUGUCCACUGAGCACAAUCCGACGUUAUGGUUAUGAAGAUUUUAUGUUCUGCUUCGAGGCUGGCCGUUUGUCUCCCUACGGUCAAGGAAUAUUUGCAUUUAGAAGCAAAGAUGCUGAUAAAAUUUUCAAUACUAUCAAACGACAUAUACAGAUUUCAAAUGACACAAAUAUGGCUGAAGAUAUGUCUUCUGAAGUGCAUUUUUAUUCUGGUCUAUCACGUCCAAAAACAAAUCAUCAUGAAGAAGAUGUUUAUGAUGAGGUCAGAUUUAAUGGACUAAGAAAUAGCAGUGAGUCAAAUGUUGAAUCUCCAUACCUCGAGCUAAAUCCUGACAAUUCAUACUACGCUAUUUAUGAAAAUAUGCUGAAUGCCAAUCACAAUCAUAAUGGUGCGUUGGUAGAUAAUGCUCAUAAUGGUAAUUCUUAUGCGUCUCCUACAGAAGUAGUUACUUAUACUGAAGUUGAAAUUGCUGUUUGUAAACCUAAAAACAAUAAAAAUAAGAAUGAGUUGCCACCAAUUCCCCCUAAAAAAGAAACUUCCGAAUAUACAGUUAUAGAUUUUGUACGAACAAGUCACUUCAAUAAUGGAAAUUUGUUCAAAUGUACUUCUAAUUCAGGCACCAGAAGAACUAGACAUGAUUAUGGAGUGAGUACUCCUUAAUAUUAUCAGACACUAUUACAUUUGUUUACCUACAUUAAGUGUUUAAUAUCUUAAUCA